CAACCGCAUGGUAUUUCUUCAAUUCAACCGCUAGGCUGUGCAAACGCAUGGGUUGACAUUUGCGUAGAGAUACGCACACUUUCCCGUCAAGUUCAACUUUGAUAAAUGCCAACUUUUGCGUCAAAACUGGCGUACGCGUGGUAUACGCACAUAUUUGUGCGUACAUAAGAUCGAUACAUGAAGCCCCUGCAACUAAGACAAACAUUAUCAUCUUGUUACGGAAGGUACGUUUUUUCCUCUCUUUGUCCUUGCCUGAUUUUAUGGGGAGGAUUACUGCAUAACCAUUCUGCUCAACAGAACAUACAGCUUCUACCUGUGAAUCCAAUCUACAGUCUUGAGAAUCAUGAGGUCCUUGGCACUAGCUGUGGCCCUGGGUGCAAUGCUGCCACUCAUCCAUGCUUACUGCUGGAUGAAAGAACCUAUAGGAGACAUGAAACAGUGUUUGUAUGACAAGGAUGGGACAUGGCAUGCUAUUGGUUCCAGCUGGAGGACCAGUGACUGUAUGGACUGCGGUUGUAAUGACAACGGGGCUAUGGACUGCUGCACUGCGCAGAACUGAAGGUGUCCUGCUGGGACUAGGCUGUUGUGAGGAGAAUGGAGACAAUCUGAGGACUGCAGGGAGUGUGUGACUGGACAAUCUGAGGUUACUGCUUCAUCAGACACCAUCGCAUCAUCUGUAGAUUCUGCUAUUAGAAACUUUGGAGUGGCUGUCUGACCUCACAUGAGAACUGAGAAGACAGACAUCUCAGGCACACAUGAGAUCUGCUGCUGUCAUACGUUGUGGAGGGCAGACAGACAUGAUUCCUCAUGAAGUCCAGAAGCUGUCUUCUCGGUCACCAGAGACAUCACAGAGAUAAAGACAGAGACCUCACAGAGAUAGAGAGAGCGACCUAACAGAGAUAGAGAGAGUGACCUAACAGAGAUAGAGGGAGGGAACUAACAGAGCUAGAGAGAGGGACCUAACAGAGCUAUAGAGAGGGACCUAACAGAGAUAAAAACAGAGACCUCACAGAGAUAGACAGAGAAAUCAGACAUUAGAAUAGAGAGUUGAAAAGAUAUAGUAGGUUUUGCAAAACCCACUGGAGAGACAAAGACAGAGCUAAAACCAAUCAUGAAAUCAAAUCAGGAGAGGAGCAAUGGCUGUCUCCCCCCAAAGAAGCGUGAGAUCCUAGCCCUGGAGCAGAGGCCCGUGGCAGCGGCUGCCUCAUCAGACGACACCCUGCACACAGAGAACCUGGCCUGGCUAGCCAGCGUCGCCAGCGAAUGCUGCAGGUCCAGUGAAACACCCAGCCCUGGGUCUCAGGUGCCUUCGUCCUCAUCCUCGUUCUCAUCCCCUUGCGCCACCUCUCUGUCUGCGAUCCCUCUGUCCUGCCUCCCUACGGUCUACCCAACAGCGGUGGGCCUUACUCAACAUGGCGGCACCAUUCAGUACGCUCAGCUGGCUCCUAACCUCCAGUUCAUUAGUUCCGGGCCAUACACCGGAUAUAUUUCCUCUCAGGUCAUCCCAUCGAGUGCUGCCAGUAUGGUUCCUUCGGUGGGGCAACAGCGCCCCCAUCUGGAAGGCCACUGCUACCCCGCCGCACUCAUCUCUCAGCCCAGCAAGGACCAGCAGCAGCUCCAGAUAGGACUACCAUCAGACCUGGCUGUGUCCCUGCCCUCCUCCACCCACGUCACUGGCACCCAGCAGUUCAUCCAGCUAGACGCCCCCUUGACUGUCACCUCCUCCCGCCAGGCCCACCUCCAACCCUUCCAGCUCCACCCCCACACGGGGAUGGGGGUGCUCCCCCACACCCUGACUCUGGCUCCCUCCCAGGUGCUGGUCCAGUAUGCCGACGGGUCCGGGCUAAAUAAAACCGAGGGUGGACACACAAAGGUGGUGCAGCUGAAUGGAGAGCUGGAGAGGAGUUUCGGCAAACAGAGCGUCGGAGGCAUCAAAGGAAUCUCAUCUAAUCAUAACAGUCAGCAUGGAUACGAGACUCGGCACAUCCUGCUCCCGGCAGACUACACUACCCAGGAUUCCACAGGACUACAGACCUCACUGCUGCUGGUGGCCAACAACAACUCUACUACCAAUGUUGCAGAGCACAAUAAAGUCCAAGUCCCCCAAUCUUUAAUGCACAGUGACAAGGCAGGAACCUGUCCGGCAAAACUAGUCUCCAGGAACUGUUCUUUCAACUCCCUAAACUCCCCCGAGGCCCUGAAGGUCUCGUCGGUUCCUCACACGGUCAUCCAGACCACCCAGCACUCUGAGGACCCAGUGCGCGGUCUGUUCUCCUCCGCCCAGGCGCCAAUCAUCGGCUACAUCGCUAACGCCGGGCACCGGCAUGGCAUCAGCUACGCCGCCCUGCCACAGCAUCUGGUCAUUCAAGGCGGCCAGUCACUCCUGAUACCUGUCAGCGGAGCCGGCUGUGUCAACGUCGCCACGGCUGCUACCGACCUGGAGGCUUCCAGCUGUGUGGCAACCACCACCACCACCACCGCUCACCUGGCUCCUGCGCCACCACCGAUGCCCCGCCAGGCCUACCUCACCGCAGCCCUCUCCAAGUGCGAGGCGCCGGGGUCCGAGGGUCGCCGACAGUCCCCUGCCGUCCUCCAGGCCCAAGUGCUGCCCAUGCAACAGAUCCAGACCUCCUCCCCUACACCGGCACCCGUCCCGGCCGCCCCGUCGCCUGCCUCGCCCCCCUCUUCCCUCGCCACUCUCCCUCCCUUCUUCAUGCGGGGCUCCAUAAUCCAGCUGGCUGAUGGGGAGCUGAAGCGCGUCGAGGACCUGAAGACGGAAGACUUCAUCCAGAGCGCCGAGAUCAGCAGCGAGCUGAAGAUCGACUCCAGCACCGUGGAGCGCAUCGACACGGGCCAGACGCCCAACGUCGUCGUCAUACAGUUCGGUGUCGGGGAACUCAAAGCCCAGGUGUCCGUGGAGGUGCUGAUGGAGUACCCCUUCUUCGUGUUCGGCCAGGGCUGGUCGUCCUGCUGCCCCGACCGAACCACACGGCUGUUUGAGCUGUCCUGUGCCAAGCUAUGUGUGGGGGACGUGUGCGUCUCCCUGACCCUGCGGAGCCUUGGGGGUGUCUCCGGGAGCAACAGCGAUGGCAGCCAUGGCGUUGAGGCCAAGCAGAGACACGGCCACACCGCCGUGGAGCCUGUCGCGCAGAGCCCGAACAGUCAGACCGAUAGUCAUCUGGGUAUUAGUCAGACUGAUAGUCAUCUGGGUAUUAGUCAGACUGAUAGUCAUCUGGGUAUUAGUCAGACUGAUAGUCAUCUGGGUAUUAGUCAGACUGAUAGUCAUCUGGGUAUUAGUCAGACCGAUAGUCAUCUGUGUAUUAGUCAGACCGAUAGUUAUCUGGGUAUUAGUCAGAGUAGUACUCCAUGUAUUAGUCAGAGUGAUAAUCCAGGUAUUACUCAGAACAAUAGUCAGUGUAUCAGUCAGAGUAAUAAUCAGUGUAUUACUCAGAGCGAUAGUCAGUGUAUCAGUCAGAGUAUUAGUUGGAGUAACAGCAGUCAGGUCAACAGUCAGAGGAUGGACAAGGACAUGACGGACAAUAUAAAGGCUGCGGGCAGCAACAGUAGCUUUCUGGUGCGGAUUGCCAAAACAGAUGAACUGAGUGAGGAGGUGAGGAGCGCUCCUCGCUUUGUGGAACUGGUGACAAGGUCUGGACUAAAGUCCUCCCCAGGGCUUAGACCCGGAUCCGGAUCUUGGGUCUACCGGGUUGAAGUUGGACCCAAGGGUAACUCGGACCUGCUUGCUUACUCAGGGACUGGAGAGAUGAGUGAGACAACAGAAAAUGGAGAGAAAAGGGAGAGAGAACUAAACAGCCAAAUGCUCCCUCUUCCACCAUCCAAGACAGAGAGGGGUGACAUGCGUUCGGGACGUAAAAGGAGGUGGUCUGCCCCAGAGAGAGACCAGACAAAGAGGACGGAUGAAGAACUCCCCUUGACCCUCCCUAAACUCUAUUUUGUUUCUCAGGAGGUCAAACUCUCCAUCGAGGGCAGGUCAAAUAUUGGUCGUUGAAGGAGUUGAAAAGUUAUAUGGGAAGGACCACAGGUGUGACUGUAUGUGGUCUACUGUCUGGGAGGCUGUCUCUCUCAGAUGCACAGGAGCAGAACUACAACCUGGAAGUACUAAACUGCAAGAUGUGUCCUCAAUAUUUAACUAUAAUGUAAUCCAGGGUUCUUCCCAAAUGGCAACCUGUUCCUUAUUAUAGUAAACUGAAUAGUAAUUGGGCUGCUAUUUUGUCUUACUUCCCUUCUUGUUUAAAUAAACACCAGUCAUUUCCCAUUCAUCUGAUGUAGGCCCUAAUAGUUUAAUGCAAAAUACCUGAAAUUAUAUUGUAUGUUUCUCCAUGUCAAAUAGACUGUUGAGUUGUUAUAUAUUCUAAUAAUUUUAACCUGAACUUGCAAUAUUUUGCAAUAUAUAAUAUUUUUCAUAUCUACUGUAUAAUACAGGCAAAUGAAAUAAUGAUGGGACUAUAAAUGGAAUAAAGGUAGUCAUGUUCAUCAUUGACAUCCAACCAUGGACAUGCGUAAAUUGCUCUAUAUUCUGUGACAUACAUUGCUCUACAUUCUGACAUACACUGCUCUAUAUUCUGUGACAUACAUUGCUCUACAUUCUAACAUGCAUUGUUUCACAUUCUGUGACAUACAUUGGUCUACAUUCUGACAUACACUGCUCUAUAUUCCGUGACAUAAAUUGCUCUACAUUCUAACAUGCAUGGUUUCACAUUCUGUAACAUACAAUGUUUUACAGUUUGUGACAUCCAUUGCUCUACAUUCUAACAUGCAUUGUUUCACAUUCUGUAACAUACAAUGUUUUACAGUUUGUGACAUCCAUUGCUCUACAUUCUGCAACAUACAUUUCUCUACAUUCAAUAACCAUUCUGUGGCUACACUUUGCCUCAAUAUCCACUUGUGUAUUGUGUACACGUCUUACUUGAGUGAACUGAGACAGGUACGUCUCACUAAGUUUUUUUAAGUUUAGAUGCAUACUAUUUAUCAUUUUACAUUUAGCCAAAAUAAAAUAUUUUACAGAACUCAGGAAUGGUGCAUUGUGUGUAUGUGUUUUGUGUGUAUGUGUGUGUUAAGUUUAUGUUGGUGUGUAUACUCUACAUGACCAUAUUUAUAUGUGUGUGCAUACAUUUGUAUCAACACGUGCGAUUUUAUGGGAAACCUUUUAGAAAGAAUAACAUUUCUUAAAGAGAAGGAGGGAGAUGGAUGAUGCAGAAAAAGUGUGCAUUUUCUCCUAAAAAUGUAAAGUUGUUACGUCCCCGAACAUCAACAAGGUUGUGUGAUGGUACUUUUUUAUUUGAAGUGCACAAACUGAAAAUGAAUGUUAGUAUACUAGCUGCAGCAUUCGAAUAUAAUAGACAUGUCCUUCCAGACGGAAAUCUAGCACCUUUUUUUGUAAGUUAAUUUAUUGAAAUAUAGACUGUUGUUUGCGUCCUGUCAAUAUUCAGGUGGACUGGCAGAAAAACAGGCACUGCCCACUGACUGUUUAACUCUAAAAUAUGUGUUUAAAUAUAAAAAUAAUUGUGGUUACUAUACAAAAUAUGACUAUUGUUAUUAUCAUACCACUGUUAUUAUCAUUCCAUUGUUAUUAUCAAACCAUUGUUAUGACCAUACCAUUGUUAUUAUCAUACCAAUAGGGCUGGAUUUAAUGUGUAGCUGAAGAUCUGUGUAUUAGGGACAUUUUUAUGUAAAGAGCAUUUCUGAUUGAGCCAUCAUACGCAGUCUAGGCAGGGGUAUUUUUUGUAUCACAAGUAAGAUACAAGUUAAUUUACACAUUUGUUUAACAGUCAACGCUAACAAACGGGCAACAAGAGGAAUAGAAUUCUUCUGUUAUUUUGGUACUUCAAUACAGUAACUGGGUUAUUUUUUAUUUUUAAGAAAUAUGUAAAUCUGUUCUGUAUAAUUAAUUGUCCUUUUCUUUGACAGUGAUUGCAGCUUUUGAAAAAAAUUACAAAAUAACAAAUGUUUUGUCUCUGCAUAUUCAGA